AAAUGGCGUACACCAAAUCGCGCGUACGUGCCACACGUUAAAGGCGACAGCAACGACGCAUGUGUGAGCAUCAAUUCCUUCUAGCGCAACUUCCCGAUGGAAGAUGUCGGCCAUGUACGCCCUGAUCCUUGAUUUGGCCCUCGUGACCUCCAUGGUCGGGCACGCGUUGGCUCGAAGACCGCAGAUAUCCACGGAGGAGCUCUUCCAAAAGUCACCUUCGGGCUCAGACGCCGCCGCCGCCGCGCCAGGGGCGCCGUCGAGUCUCGUCAUCGACGGAGGGGCGAAUCGGCCGGCCGCCGUUGCGGUAGCCGCGAAGUCGUCGUGCUACUUCAACCGCGACUGCCACGCGCGCGAGUACUGCGUGAAGCCCGACCGCGGCGCGCUCACGCUGGGCGUCUGCAGCCCGCUCUCCGCCGACACGGCGACCCUCGCCGCACGGGGCGGCGCGGCCGACCACGUCCGCGAUCUGCACUUCCUGGUGCGCAACCGCCGCAGCGUCCCCGCCUCGUCGCCCCGUCGAGGCACGAACGAGCUGCUGCGACAGCUGCUGGGCGAAGGCAGCCAGCUGGCCCGGGCUCUGAACUCGUACCUCCACGCAAGGUACGCCUGCCCGGAAUAG